UGAGAAAAACCGUGUUUGUCCAUAUCCUGACUGCCUCACGGAAAUACAUCCUGAUUCUCAAAAUAUUUUGAUAAUAAAGCAGAUUUCUGAAAAUCUUUUCACAGAAUAUGAGACGUUUUACACAGCAGAAACUCCUGUGCAAACAGCAAAGGGUUAUAUUUAUGUGUCAACUCUAAUAGGGAACAGGAAAUUAUUCAUGUUUAGAGAAAACAAGGAAAUUUUUGAACUGAAACACGAAAUUCAAGAGGCUUUCUCUGUUGAAAUCAAGCUUCAGAAACUUUUCCAUAAAGGGCAGUGCUUAAACAACACGGAUUCUAAAGGGGUACGGUGCAUUUUGGCAGACUACAAUGUGUGCGCUGGUGAUCAAAUCUAUUUAAUUAAAUUAUUGUGUGAGUUACCCUCCAAGAUACUUAAGAUAACGCUUGAUGUUGAUUGGGGCUAUCCACAAUCACAAGAAAAAUGGUUAUUUGGGCUAAUUACAUGGACAAGACAUCACCGAGAUUACUUAGAUGCAUCCUGCUUUGCAUUUGAGGACAAUUCUGAUGAAUAUUUCGUUGUUAACAUACAAAAUAAAGAACAGCCUGGAAUAAAACAUCAAUCGGAAUUUUUAGACAGAAAACGAAAGAGGGGACAUCAUAAAAUGUCAGUUUCAUUACAAGAUUUGAAGGAUACAGUUACCCAUUUAUUUUUCACGCUUAGUGCAAGAGGAGAAGGCCGGACUGUUGAUCAUUAUAUUGCACCAGAGCUGAACAUUUAUGAAUCUGAUAGCACUAAUUCUGAAAACUUAUGUGAAACAUCAUUAGCUGGUUGCAGUGACCAGUCAGUAAUCAUCUGUAGCGUAUAUCGCUCUGAAGAUUCUGUUUGGCGAAUUUCUGAUGUCAGAAAGUCCUGCAAAGGAAAUAUUAAUGACACUUCUCAUCUCGUAUCGGAAAUGAAACUUCUUAAAAAUAAAAUAAAAUAAUUAGACAGAGUUCAAAAUAUUGAUGUAUAUAACACUUAACAUGCAAUGAAAAUGCGCCUUUUCAUUAAUCAAGAGAAAAUGCAAUUAGCCUACAUGUAAAUUCUUGCAGACGUCAAGAUAGAUAUUAAUGACGAAAUCGUUCGGAGAAAGUUCCCCCGGUGUAAGAAAAUAAAAUUUUGUAUUAAGUGUUCUUGUUUUCAUUUAUU